CAUGCCUGGGCGUUCAUCAACAGUGGCCGCCUGCAUGCAUGUUGCAUUUUCUUUUUUAGCUCCUCUUUAGAGAGCUUGUUAAGAUGACGUCUCCGCCGCGCAGCCUCGCAGAAAUACAGCGGCGGGUAGAUGAAGUCAAGCGGUUCCUGUCUAACACUCUCAGCAUCGCCAACGCUCACACUGUGGAGUUUUACACUCACGACGUGUGGCAGCGGUUUGUGGCCGUGUCGCCUCAUGAGGUGCUGACGAGGGUAAGAGCAUGCAGUGACCAGCAGAGGGAGCCAGAGCACAAGACAACAGAACAACCCAGCACCACCUUUGGGUUUUGCAGCAGCACGAGUCGACUUGUUGACACCGAUGAACUGCUGCAGGCGGCCAAGGCUCACUCUCUCCCUGGACUCGGAGUUUGUAUGAGCAGAGAUGAGCUCCUGCAGGCCCUUUCGGGGGACGGGGGAGGGAAAGCUGCUGUGCUGGAGCCGGAUGAGUUUAUGAACUCUAAGAAGUCUCAUGAGGUGCAGUCCAUGUCUGAGGUGGUGGCCUGUCUGGCCCAGCACUGUAGAGUCCAACAGGUGAUAGAUGUCGGCUCGGGGAAGGGCUACCUGAGCUCCUUCCUGUCUCUGCAGUACGGCCUCAGAGUCUACGGCAUCGACUCCUCCAGCACCAACACCCACGGAGCCCAGGAGAGGAACAGGAAGCUGAAGAAGUUCUCCAGGGUGUACCAGAAACACAGCAAGGCCGCGAGGACACGGGGAGAGGCGUCAAAGUCCCCUCAGGAGGAUGUAAUAAAGAUAAGAGCUGGUGUUAAAGGAGAGGAUGGAGGAGGAACUGUGACAAAAGAGGAGGAGGAGGAGGAGGAGGAGGAGGAGGUGUCAAUCAGCUGUCCUGACAUCAGUUCUGCAGUGGAAAGGCAUUCAGAGCCGCAGUCAGAAACAGACGAGCUCUUCCUUAGUGCCCUGUCGGUGGAUUUGGUUAGGACUACACCUACCAGAGUUCCCCCCACCCAGCUGAGUGACGAGGAGAGGGAGCGGAGGAAGAGGGAGAACCUGGAGAGGAAGGCUAAAAACAGAACAGACAGCUCCGUCACCGUUUUUUCUCCCCUCACAUCUUAUGUGACGGCGGAAACAGAACUACGAGAGCUCAUCGACGAGCUGGAGGACGCGGUCAUGGUCGGCCUGCACACGUGUGGCGACUUGGCUCCCAGCACCCUGAGGAUGUUUGUGGCUAAAGCAGAGCUGGCCGCAGUCUGCAGCGUGGGCUGCUGCUAUCACCUGCUGUCUGAGGAGUUCGAUCCCGCCAGACAGGAGUGUUUGCACAGUGCGUGUGGUUUCCCUCUGAGUCAGUACCUCCGCCACCAGUCCUGGUUCUGCGGCAGAAACGCCAGGAUGUCUGCGUGUUUGGCGCUGGAGAGAGUUUCAGUCGGUCAAGGGAUUCAGAUGGAGUCUCUGUUUUACCGGGCAGUCCUUCAUGUUAUUCUGAGGGAUCACUACAGCUCCUUUAAAAGUGAAAAGCGAGUCGGGAACGUCUACUCCAAGGCUAAAUCCUUCGUGGACUAUGUGCGUCGAGCUCUGCGCAGACUGGAACUGGAUGAAUCAAAGCUUUCUGACAGCGACAUCCAGGAGUACCACGACAUCUACAGGCCAAGAAUGGAUGAGAUGCAUGCCUUUAAUAUGUUGAAGGUGGCUUUGGCUCCCUGCAUCGAGGGUCUGAUUCUCCUCGAUCGUCUCUGUUACCUGAAGGAACAGGAGGAUUUGUCAUUCUCAGCACUGGUGCAACUGUUUAAUCCCCUGCUGUCACCGAGAUGUUAUGCUGUCGUUGGACUGAAGAGUUAUGAAAGAAAAUGUUCAAGCUAAGUAUGAGCAACAAUCAUACUUCAGAACUGUUGUGGUUUUCUUUUGUGGUUGUUUUAAUGCUAUGAUUUAUUUAUGCUGUCUCUGUGACACAUUCAAUAUCUUAUCCUCUACUGUUUUUAAUUCAAAUUAAAUCUUUAUAAUUUUUAAGUAUU